AUGGAUACUCCGAAGGAGCCAUACACUGGUAGUUCCCUUGACGUCCCCCAAAAACUUGGACACCAGGGACUAGAUGCCGACGUCUCGAAUAUGCUGGCAAUGGAUCCGAGACUCUCGUCCACCCAGUCGUUGACACCCUCUAUAAUUGACACGAGGCAAGGCCCACGGCGAAGGCUCCUUAUCAUCUACAUACACGGCUUCAUCGGGAAUGACGAUUCGUUCCACUCCUUUCCUGUUCAUGUGCACAGAUAUCUCAGACAAAAGCUGGCGUCCACACAUGCGAUCCACUCCAAGAUCUACCCCAGAUACAAGACUUACAAGGCGUUCCAUCUUGCCAGGGACAACUUUAGUGAGUGGCUAGCUCUCCAUGAGUCCCCCUCCACCGACGUUGUCCUUGUCGGUCAUUCGAUGGGGGGACUCUUGGCAGCAGACGUGGUGCUCAUGAAGAAGCCGUCUCCCGACGGCGGAUACUGCCGCAAGCACCGAAUUCUCGGAACGGUCAACAUGGAUGUUCCGUUUUAUGGUGUGCAAAAUAGUGUCAUACUAACGGGCAUCUUGAGCCCAUUCCGGCCAAAACCCAGACCAGGCGACAUGUCAGAUGUCAUAAGACUUCAUCAGUCAACAAGCCAGAUAUUCAAGCCCCAGUCCCCAGAAGGUAGCCCUACAGCAUCCUUGACACAGCAGAGGUCCACCUCAUCACUGCGCAAUUUUUACUUGAAAGGCAGCAGCACACUGGAUCCCAACUACAAUCCUCACUUUUCCAACGACCUGCGGAUAAUGGACCGCGGAUGGUGGAAGAAUAUUGAGCACUUUGUCAAGAAGCACCGAGCAGAGGGACUAUUACAUGCAGGUUUUCGCCACCUAAAAGCACAUUUCGAAUUCGGAAGCUGUCUGCUAGAUUCCCAAAGGCUAAGGCUCCGGUACAAGCAGCUGCGAAAGCUAGAGGAUGCAGGGCCUAGUGGUGUUAUAAAUGAAUCACUGCAGCCAUCAACAGACUCUGAGAGGUGCCGUUUCAUUCAGUUCUACACAGUCUGUCACAAAGGGCGGGCGCCUAGUACUUCCGCCGCGGACAACUUUUCAAUUCAUUCCAAAGCUUCCAGGCAGACGGGCAGCACCGACAUCUCCCACAUUCCACACUAUGGAGUUACCGAACAGAACGACGGGAUGCCUGAAAAUAGUUGUUCUCCCAUGCCAGAGACUCCUCGGAAAGAACUGCUGUUUUGUAAACUAGCACGAGAGGAGGACGGGCAGAUUGAUAGGCUAUGGAAACGUGUGACCAUGGCGACGACUGAUGAGAUCAGUGCUCAUACAAUGUUAUUCAUGCCAGGUCCUCAUUAUGGAGAUCUGGUCGAUAGGGUAGGCGAAAUUGUGGCUCAAUGGAUACUGGAAAUUACACCAUGA